GGGAGGGUCGAGCGGGCGCGCGGCGUGUGAACGUCGAGGCUGCGGCGGCUGGAACAGGUUGCUCCACCCGGCCCAGGAUCAGGCCAGGGGGAACCGGCCGGACCGCGGUUGCCAACUCGCGCAGGGCGCUUUGGCGAAGUCCCGGAGUGGAGUCCCGCGUCCCGCCUCCAACCUGCGGGGCGCGCUCUCCUCGCUCCCCCCGCAACCCUUCCCUACUUUUCCCCCCUUUUGCAAUCACAUGGCAUUUUAAGAAUGCCGGAAAGAUGGCGGUAGCAGCGGCGGCGGCAGCGGCGGCCGGGCCGGCCGGCGGGGGAGGCGGCCGAGCGCAGCGGAGCGGGCUGCUGGAAGUUUUGGUGCGGGAUCGCUGGCACAAAGUUCUGGUGAACUUGAGCGAGGACGCCCUGGUUCUGAGCUGCGAGGAGGGCGCUGCGGCGUACAACGGCAUCGGGACCGCCACCAAUGGCUCGUUCUGCAGGGGCGCCGGCGCGGGGCACCCGGGCGCGGGCGGCGCGCAGCCCCCGGACUCGCCCGCCGGGGUCCGCACCGCCUUCACCGACCUGCCCGAGCAGGUGCCCGAGUCCAUCUCGAACCAGAAGCGCGGCGUGAAGGUGCUGAAGCAGGAGCUGGGCGGGCUGGGUAUCAGCAUCAAGGGGGGCAAGGAGAACAAGAUGCCCAUCCUCAUCAGCAAGAUCUUCAAGGGGUUGGCGGCAGACCAAACUCAAGCCCUGUACGUAGGGGACGCCAUCCUGUCCGUAAACGGGGCCGACCUGCGGGACGCCACCCACGACGAGGCGGUGCAGGCGCUGAAGCGCGCUGGCAAGGAAGUGCUGCUGGAAGUGAAGUAUAUGCGGGAAGCCACACCCUACGUGAAGAAAGGCUCCCCAGUGUCCGAGAUCGGGUGGGAAACGCCGCCGCCAGAAUCCCCUCGGUUAGGGGGCGGCUCCUCAGAUCCUCUGUCAUCGCAAUCCUUCUCCUUCCAUAGAGACCGGAAAAGCAUCCCUCUCAAGAUGUGCUUCGUCACUCGGAGCAUGGCCUUGGCUGACCCUGAGAACAGGCAACUUGAAAUCCACUCUCCAGAUGCUAAGCACACGGUGGUCCUGAGGAGCAAGGACUCAGCCACUGCCCAGGCCUGGUUCAGUGCCAUCCAUUCCAACGUCAGUGACCUGCUGACCAGGGUGAUCACCGAGGUCCGAGAGCAGCUGGGGAAGACGGGCAUUGCUGGCAGCCGGGAGAUCAGGCAUCUUGGCUGGCUUGCAGAAAAGGUGCCCGGGGACAGUGAGAAACAGUGGAAGCCAGCCCUGGUUGUGCUGACUGAGAAGGACCUUCUAAUUUAUGACAGCAUGCCACGGAGGAAGGAAGCCUGGUUCAGCCCAGUUUACACGUACCCUCUUCUUGCCACCAGGCUGGUCCAUUCAGGUCCAGGGAAAGGAUCACCCCAGGCUGGUGUAGAUCUGUCCUUUGCAACACGAACUGGUACCAGGCAGGGUAUUGAAACGCAUCUCUUCAGGGCUGAGAACAGCAGGGACCUCUCACAUUGGACAAGGAGCAUAGUACAGGGGUGCCAUAACUCAGCUGAACUCACUACUGAAGUCACCACAGCUUGCACCUAUAAAAACCAGGAGUGCCGGUUGACGAUACAUUAUGAGAAUGGAUUUUCUAUUACCACUGAACCACAGGAGGGUGUCUUUCCCAAGACAAUCAUACAGGCUCCUUAUGAAAAGCUGAAAAUGUCUUCAGAUGAUGGAAUCAGGAUGCUGUAUUUAGAUUUUGGAGGCAAAGAUGGAGAGCUUCAACUGGACCUUCAUUCCUGCCCCAAGCCGAUUGUUUUCAUCAUUCAUUCCUUCCUGUCAGCUAAGAUUACAAGGCUGGGGUUGGUGGCCUGAACAGAGGAGCGAAUUGCCUUUGAGAAAAGGAGGGCUGCGACGCCACGGAAAAGUGUCCUAUCAGACACCAUUUGCAGCGAUGCACCAGAUGUCGCAUGCCACUGUCAGCUUUAGAUCCCAAGAGUCCUGUGUAAUAGUCCCAGACUCCUCUGUCAAUUUCAGCAACUAUAAAGGGUACCUUCAGAAAAAUUCCACAAGGACUAUCAGAAUAAAACUGUCUUUUUAGAACAGUAAAAGGGUAAAGAGGUGAGGCUGAUUGGAAAUACACAGCAUAGCUUUUAAAUAAUGACAGUCAAGGACAUGAACAUUAGAACAGCAUGUGCAGAUCUUAAUCAUACCAGUUUCUAGGCAACUGGUUCACCCAGGUAAGCAAGGGCUGUAUAGAUGAGAAAUGGACAUUUUUCACCUCUCCCCUCCCCACCCCAGUAAUAAGGACCCCUUGUUUUAUUGUGCUUUAUUUCCUAUUUCUAAUUGAGUUGAGUUUCGCUGGUAAGGAAAGAAAAGUACUUCAAAUGGAAACCCACCUUUUAUUUAAGUGUGAAACAGCUGUUACUUUUUCUUAAUGAAUUAUCUUUCAAUGAUGUAGAAUGAUUCUGAAGUGUUCUUAUUAGCUUAUGAUGAGUGGGAAUUAAAUAAAGCAUCAGAUACUGAUCUGAGCUGUAAGCUGGUGGAUUCUGAGCCAAAGUAGACUGCUUAAAUUGCAAAGCUUUGCUGAAGAGUGGUGUGCGUGAAAGAUGAUUAAUUCUGGGACUACACUCAUACCCAAGGUCUGCUGUCUUAGAGCCAUGACUUAUAGCUUUAUUUAUAAAAGCGAAUUAUGGAUUUUUUAAAAAGAUCGCCAUAUAUAUAUAUAUAUAUAUAUAUAUAUAUAAAAUAAUUCAUGUGGGGUUAACUAAUUUUCCCCAUUUUGUGGUUUUCAGUGGAAGUACUGAGCAAUUUAUUGGCCCUUGUUUCUGCCUGUGCUUCUAUGCAUGCAUUUUCAAGCAAGUAAUAGAGCAGCCUUAUAUGAUUCUGGUUAAUGCUGGGUUUUACAUAGAGCGCCGAUGUUAUAAUCAAACCCAUCAAUAGCAUCCACAGCUCUUUUGGAAUUCCAGGGAAAUCAUAUAAUGACCUGAUAUUUUUCUACAGGAAUAUUUUCAGACAUCGUAUAGCAUAUUACUGAUUUAACACUUUUGCUUUUAUCUUUCAAAACAAAUUCACUGAAAACACACCUAUUAUUUGAUUUUAAAGUCACUUUCCUCAAAUCUUGAAAAUUAGCUCUAGAAUUUCUGUAUUUGUAACCGUUCUCUCCCCUAUAGUUUUACAUAGACAGAUGUUCCAGGUUAGGUUUGUGUGUUAUUUUUCAGAACCGUACUUUAACAAAUACCUAUGCAAAGAGCUUUAAAAAGUAAAACUGUUUUAAAAGAAUGUGAUUUUGUUCACUCAGAUACAUGUGUUUCUUGAGUUUUACUUUAGAUCAGCAUUUUAUUUUAGAUCAGUGUUUCCCCAAAGUAAUACAAGUAACAUGUAAUACAAGUUCCAAGGGGCAUUGAUUGACUGGUGUUUUGUCGGGGGGGGGGGGAAUUAAAGGGGUUGGUCAUCAAAAAUGUUUGUUCAAUACUGAGUUAAAAAAUGUUAAAGAGAUUUCAUGAUUGCAGACCUCCUCAAAGACUUUAUUGCACAUUGCGAUUCUACAAGGGGGGCAUCCUGUGUGCCAUUACUAACACUUACCUACAGAACUCCUCUCUAAAGGAGCAUCUUGUGAAGCUAGUGUUAAAACACACACACACACACAAAACAAAACAAAACAAAA